GUGUGUGUGCUCCUGCCCCGGGUCUUGUUCCAGAGCAGCGAUUACACACACACACACGCACACACACGCAGAGACGAACUACGACUAACAGCUAGCGAAGCAUUCAGAGCUUCUGACAGGAUGUAAGAUUUCGAGAAUUUUCUGCGGUCUCGUCUGGCUCGGCGGAGCAGAAUGGAGAUCAGAAUCGAGUGACACUCUGGAUUUGGACUGACGCUGUCUCGGCGACUGCUUUGCUGAAUAAUUGAUCCCUUGGCUUGUGACUGGUUAAAAAUGAGGAAGGCAACGCUCAUGGUUUGGAUCAGCCUUUUGGUGCAAGUGUCCAACUGUGCCCAAGGGCAUUAUGCCCGCAAACUUCUGGCUGAUCUGAUGGAGGACUACUCCAACGCUCUGAGACCCGUGGAGGAAACCGACGAUGCCCUCAACGUCUCCCUACAGAUCACCCUGUCACAGAUCAAAGAUAUGGAUGAGAGGAACCAGGUGCUCACCACGUACCUGUGGAUCAGGCAAGUGUGGAACGACGCCUACCUGAAGUGGGACAAGGAGGACUACGACGACCUGGAGAUGAUCAACAUCCCCAGUGACCUGGUCUGGAAGCCAGACAUCGUCCUCUACAACAAGGCGGAUGAGGAGUCGUCAGGUGCGUCCAGCACUAACGUGAAGCUGCGUUACAACGGAGAGAUCGUCUGGGACUCGCCGGCCAUCACGAAGAGCACGUGCGUGGUCGACGUGUCCUACUUCCCCUUCGACUGGCAGCAGUGCAAUCUCACCUUCGGUUCCUGGACCUACAAUGGAAACCAGGUGGACAUCAGUCUGGGUAUGGACAGCGGAGACCUGUCGGACUUCGUGGAGAACGUGGAGUGGGAGUGUCACGGCAUGCCGGCCGUCAGAAACGUCAUGAUGUACGGCUGCUGCUCCGACCCGUACACGGAGAUCACCUACACUUUGCUCCUGAAGCGCCGGUCCUCUUUCUACAUCUUCAACCUGCUGCUGCCCUGCUUCCUCAUCUCGUUCCUGGCCCCGCUGGGCUUCUACCUGCCGGCUGACUCGGGGGAAAAGGUUUCUCUGGGGGUCACGGUGCUGCUGGCGCUCACCGUGUUCCAGUUGUUGGUGGCUGAGAGCAUGCCUCCUGCAGAAAGCAUGCCCUAUAUAGGGAAGUACUACAUAGCCACCAUGACUAUGAUCACAGCCUCCACCUCUCUCACCAUCUUCAUCAUGAACAUUCAUUUCUGCGGCGCUGAGGCCAAACCGGUCCCUCACUGGGCCAAGGUGCUCAUCAUCGACUACAUGUCGAAAAUCUUCUUCGUCUACGAAGUGGGCGAGAACUGCACCACGCCGGAGAGCGAGAGGACGCCGCUGUACCCGGAGGAACCCAUGAACGACAAGAGCUGCUACCACGACGACCGCUUCCAGGAUGGCUACUACCACCACGACAGCGACCCGUACAAGUACAGCAACGGCCACGGUCACGAUAAGCAUCGGAAAGCUCAGGCAAACGGCAGCGCCAACAGCAGGCAUCACCACUACAACAACCACGCGUCCAGGAUGGAGAGGGGCGAGACAAAGACGGAGCCCACGCAGCACUACCACCACAUCAGGAGGGACGAACUGGACUACGAGGCCCCUCGGCAUCCACAAAACCUGCAGCGCCUGAACGGGGGGCUAAAAGAGCAGAUCCUGUACCCCUCAGAGAAGCUUCAAGUCCCGAGCUGCCCCUGCUGCUGCCCCUGUCCCCAGCACACCCAGGUGGUGAAGAACAUCCAGUACAUCGCCAACUGCUUCAGGGAGCAGAGGGCUACGUGUGUGAAGGUGGCCGAGUGGAAGAAGGUCGCCAAGGUGAUGGACCGCUUCUUCAUGUGGAUCUUCUUUGUCAUGGUCUUCCUCAUGAGCAUCCUCAUCAUCGCCAAGGCGUCGUGACAGUUUCCCCGUCGUCUUUCUUUUAUCAGCAUUAGUCCUUUGGUACUGUUGGGCCUCAGUGUUACGCAUUUCUACUUUAUUGCAACUUUAAAUACAUCAAAACUGCUUCGUCUACGGGGAGAGUCAGUGUUUUUGUAUGUUGUUUGUGUGUGUGUGUGUGUGUUUGUAUGUUGUGUGUGAGCGUCUUUGUCUGGGUUAAUCGUUGUUUAGUUUUGCUUUGACAUAAAGGAGACGAGUUCGCCGCGCACAAAUCAUCCAUUUAACCACACGCUCUCACAGAAACUUGUCAAAGCCUCUGGGUUAGUUAAUGUCAGGUGCGCUUGCAUGUGUCACUGAGCACUGGAGCGGUAAGACAAUCCAGGCCUUGACUUGAACAUGCGUGGCCUCUUCAUUAUUGAUGAGCUAACAGCCAGACAUCCAGCUAUAGGCAUUAUAUCAGAUGAAGCUGUUUUUUUUUGUUUUGUUUUGCUUUUGUUUUUUACCAGAUGCAGCGGAUUCACCAGCAGAAUAAGCAUUCAAGACCUUUUCUAUGAUUAAAUAGCGAGUAAAUACUAAGUUGUCGACACAGUGGCUAAACCGUGAAUCACAUGUGUCUUGACUUGUGGAAGAUCAUGUAGGGUGACGAUGUUAAAGCGUUAACUUCUCUACUUCUUUACAAGUUGAGACCUGAAGAGAAACUGUGAAUGUUUGCCUUUCUAUUCUACAAAGAUCCCACAGGUCUUAAAGUUUCUACCUCCUGAGAAUAAAUGCUGGAUGCAGAGUACCUCGUGAUGAAUGUACAAUUUGGUUCUUGGUCCAGUAAAAUAAAUAAUAAACCUUUGAUAUUCUGUCAUUAAACUUGUUUUAAACUCCCCCCAUGGCGAUCCAAAGAAUUCAUUCAUGUAUUCUGCAAAAGAGCCCGUUUAUUUUAUUUUAUUCUUUCUGUCUUUCUUUUGCAUACAUAUUAAAAAGUAAUUUUGACACUCAA